GAGCUGGAAAGCCCUUCGAUUACGACGCUGCAGUGUCACCUCUUCUCCGUCGUGUACCUCUGCUGCGCAUCCUUCCAGAACAUGGCGCACUCAACCCUCGCCGCCGCCAUGUCUAUAGCUCAAACACUUGGAUUACAUCUCGAACCGCCAGCAUCGAUGCCAAGGGCCGAGAAAGAACUUCGAAAGAGGCUCUGGUGGGCGACAUUCAUCAACGAUUCCAAGACCUCCAUGAAAGUCGGCAGACCAAUCUCGAUGCAAAGAUCUCAGAUCACAGUCUCCCCUAUCAGCGACGAUGAAGAAGCUGCUUCCUUCUUCGACUCGAGUCUGGGGUCUUAUGAUGGAGUCACAUGGCUCACAUACGCCGCUCAGAACCAGAAACUCAUAAUUGUCUCUACAGACAUCCACAAUGCGUUUUACGAGAGAUGUUCUGAGAUUCUCGGACAAAGCCGUCACUCGACGCCCUACAAGAACUCCAAGGACCUUGAAUCCUGCGCCAAGUUUAUUACUAGCCAAUUGCCUGCUCUUCAAGCGUGGGCCGAUCAAGUUCCCCCCGGCUUGAGGCUUCAACGGCGAGACUCGGGUGCCCCCUUUUCCGCCGAUCGAGCCCCCGUCCUAAUCGACUCCUGUGCACCACUCUGGUUGCAAAGACACCGAAUCUGCCUCGAACUCAUCUACCACACUCUUCAAUCCAACCUCCACCGCCCAUUCAUCAACUUUGCCCCUCCACCAGGGACAUACACGCCCACCGCAGAACGCCACGCAGCGACCUGCGCAAACCAUGCCGCGGCAUACACCCACAUCCUACACCAGACUCUUCAGGAAACAGAUAUCAUGAACGGCUGGCAAGAGUUCUUUAUCUGGCAGUGGAACGCCACAGUC